AAACAAGCUAUGGGCAAUAAGGAACCAAACUUUAUUAUCACUGACCAGGAUCCUGCAAUGAAGAAAGCUUUCCCAAAAGUAUUCAAUGAUGCACAACAAAAAUUCUGCAUGUGGCAUAUUAUGGGUAAACUUACUGACAAGGUGGGGAAAGGGAAAGACAUACAGAUUACAAACUCAACUGAUACAAAAGGGUUAGAAGAGUCGGAACCUAAUGACAUGGUGGGGAUAGCUGAACGCAAUAAAGAAAAAGAUUUCCUCAAGAAGAUAAAUGCUUGUGUUUGGGAUAAAGAAUUAGAGCCACAAGAGUUUGUUGAUAAGUGGAAUGAAGUCAUACAAGAAUUCAAUCUACAGCAAAAUAAGUGGCUUAAUGACAUAUUCAACAUAAAGGAGUCUUGGAUCCCAGCAUAUUUCAAAGAGAAACCAAUGGCUGGCUUAAUCCGCACAACACAAAGAUCAGAGAGCCAGAAUAGUUUUUUUGGUAAUUUCAAUAGUCCAUGUGCUACAUUGGUUGAGUUCUGGUUGCUUUUCCAAAUGGCUGUACAACAACAAAGACAUGCUCAAAGCAGUUUGAACAAAGAUAACGACACUUCCUACCCUCAACUUAUCACCCCUUGGCCGAUCGAAGCAAGCGUCUCUAAAGUAUACACCCAUGUAAUCUUUUACCUAUUUCAAGAAGAAGUGAGUGCAGCAUGUUUCACAUGUGGUCAUGCAAGGUCUGAAAUUAGGGAUGGAAUGGAAUACAUUACUAUCACUGAAGAUAGAAAGAAGAAGAAUUAUGAGGUCACUUUAGAUCCAAUGACUUUCGAUACCAUAUGUUCAUGUUCACUAUUCGAGAGGGUUGGAUUGAUAUGUAGGCAUGUUCUUUGGGUUUACAAGGCCAAACAUUUGAAUAAGUUGCCCGAUAAAUAUAUCCUCACUCGAUGGACGAAGGAAGCACACAAAACUCAUAUUCAUGAGUUUGAUGAAAAUUUUCCUAAAGAUUGUGGAAAGGUAGAAAUGAAGCAGAUAAAAUUAGGUGAAUUGUGGAAUGAAAUAUAUACAACCAUUGGUCUCGUUGAAGAAAGGGAUGAAGAUAUUGAUGCUCUAAUUGAAAAUCUAAGAGGCUUCAAGAAAUCCAUUAAAUCGAGUGAGGAUAAUACGUCAAUGACAAAAGACCAAGUCAUUCAAGAAUUGAUAGGAUGUAGUGCUCCAAACGAGGUAACUAUAAAAGUUCCUGAGAAAGCCACCAACAAGGGUAGGAAGAGGCUCAAAUCUGUGAAAGAAAAGACUAUUGAGAAGCAACAAAAACCACUAAGAAGGUGUCGUCUAUGCAAUAAAAUGGUCAAUCAUGAUGCAAGGAAUUGUCCUUAUCGAAGUCAACAAACUUAAGGAAUAAUGGUGAUAUGCAUGUGACAGAGGAGACACUGCUCGAGUUGCCAAGGUGAUGCAGUUAAACAAGAUGGCGGUGUGGGAAUGAUAGCUAACACAGCUGAAAGUGGUGAAGAACUAAUAGCUAAUAUAGAUAGUUGGUGUUUUUUUUUUUACAUAUUAAUGUAUUAUUGUUAUUAUAAUUAGAAUAAAAAUGAAAUAGGAUGUUGCAAACUUUAUAAAUAUGAAAGUAAAAUCAUUCUUACCCUUCUCUUUUAUUGUUCGUUGUUGUUGUUGUUGCAUGAAGAACUCCAAGCUUGAUUAGAGUUAUAAGAGUACUUAAUUAGAGUUAUAAGAUUACUUAAUUAGAGUUAUAAGAGUAUUUUAUUAGAGUUAUAUGAAUUACUAAUUAUGACAUUACUUAUUAAGAAUGCUAAUUAGAGUUAUAGAAGUAUUUGAUUAGAGUUAUAGCAAUUACUAAUUAGAGUUAUAGAAGUUUUUAAUAAUAGCACUAGACAUAAGAGUUAUAAUUAUAGUUAUGGCAUUACUUGUAAUAUACUUCUAAACGGAAUUAUAAGAGUCUUUGA